UUUCUGUGCGUAGUUUUAAUCGUAGUACAUAUACACGAACUGAAUGGGGGUAUGAAAUGGUAUACACGAAAUUUUAUUUUUCCAUCUGAAGCGGCGCGACAUAAGCGCAGACAAAAACGCAAAAAAACAUGUUAAAAAAACCCCACUAUUUUGAGAUAUUUAACAUUUUAUACUUUGAACCCAUUUUUGGAGGUUCCAAUGGGGCAUAGAGGUUACUAGGCGGCUUUUGUAGCCCCAUCAAUUCCCUUUCCAACGCUACCAUAGGUUUGGCAAUGUAUCAACUACUUCACAGUUAGAUUUUAGUUACCGCAAACCCUUUUUUUCGAUUUUUUCAAUUUUUUGCAAAAUUUACACUGGGUGAACUCAGAAAUGUGGGCCUCUUACAGGCCUGAGAUUUUGGUUUUCUCAGCGACCUCACAUUACAACUCUUCCCUGAUUUCGUGUGGAAUGGCCGAUAUACUUUUUGUUUAAUUAUUGAAAGUUAUUUUAAAAGGUUAUCAAUUAUGUUUGAUCCCAGAGAAAUACUCCAUAUAUUUUGUUGACGAUUGAAACAAAGUAUAUCAAUAGCGCCGUCUAACAUGAUGCGACAUUGAAUGCGACGUUUGUAUAUGGCGGCACGAAUCAACAUCUCUGUGUACAACGCGCACAUAGACUCUUUGCAUUCACACGAACGUACACAAAAAAAAGACUUCACUUUCACACGUAUGUAUAGUUACAGAAAUUUAUGUUUGGCGGCGCUCCCAACAAAGUUUCCACAGCAGUUCUAAACGUCAAACAUUGCUAUAGCAUAUCCUAGCUCAUAGUAUUGUGAGCCAUAAAAAAAAUAAAACUGGAAAUGGUUGAUGAAUUGCUAUCCGGAACGCGGAAAAAAUGUGUUGGAAAAUGUUCUUCAAAAUGUUCAAUUGUUCAAAAAAAAGAAACGCUAAUAAAUAUUCUUAAUUCAACGUUUUUCCAGAAAAUUGUAUCUAAGCGAAUAAAAAUUUCAAGUCCUAAAUCAUUUUAAUAUUGUCAAAAAAUAAUUAAAUAAAUUUAUAGUUAUUAUUCUUCAUGUACAUUCAAUGUACAUUAUUUCACAUUUGUAACGAAAAUGUGUAAAAUUUUUUUUGAGUUAUCUCAAAAGUGAAUUACAUGAACAUUAUUUUAGUUAAGUUUAUGAAAUUAGGCGUAAUUGCUCUAUUUGAAAUAAAAAAUAUGGAUAUAAAAAUGAAUUAAUUUUCGGUCCAAAAAAUGGCCUAAAGACUCUUAAAAUUUUCUGAAAAAAAACAACUGCAGUAGCCUAAAUUCCAUGUAGUGCUAAAAACAAUCUUCUUAGGGUACACACAUACAAUUUUGUAACUGUUAAGAGACACAUACAGUUCAUGUCAUGCAAUACAAUUUUGCGCUACCUAGACUACAUUUAAUUCAAAGUGAAGUUUUUUCAUACAUUUUAUUCCAUUUAAUCAGACGUGGCAAAGUAAAGGGAUCCCCAUUUCCAAUCUCCUCCUCCUUUACUUCCGAAAUUCAAUUGCAUACGUGAUUUUUUUCAACUUCUAUUUUGACAAAGUACAGAUAAACCUUAGCACUAGCAAUCUGUACCAUUUUUCAUCAGGCGUCUCCACUCGCAUUGAGUUUGUAUUGUGAAUGUUAAGGUGCGUGCAACGCCCUUCAAUGUAAAAAACAAUACAAGUGGAGAUGAUACACGAGAUUUAUCUGUACUUUUACGUGACCAAUUUUUUUCACCCCAGUCUAGGAUUUUCCAGCUUGCCCACGUCUGCAUUUGAUGUUAUUGAAGCAAGAAUCAACCAUAACUGUACGAUUAUAUUGUAUCGGUAGGAAUUGCAUGUGCGAGAGCAGUCUAUUUUCAUAAUGGUGUUCGCCAAUCGUCAUGGAAUUACUCGGAUUGCGAUUUUUCACAUUUCCGAUAGGGGAAUAUUUUAUGUACAAAAAUGUUAAUGGCAACAAUAGCUAUUAUUAUUAAAUAUGUUUUAUGUUCAUUCAUCCUUGAAAUAAAACGCGGCUUACGGGAGAUGUAUUCAUUGUCUAUGCUUUUGACUGAGAUCAUUUCUACCGUUAAAAGUUAGCCUAAAUGUGAUCGUAGCUAAGCCUCGGUGCUUAAUGAAUUUCAGUGGUGUUGGUGUUGGUGCUGGGUGGUAUAUGGUCAUUGGUCAUGUCAUAGACUCAAGUGGAUCGUAGCGAUUAGAUAACCGCUCGAUGAUAAAUAUGACAAAACAAUGGUAUUGUCAUGUGUUUGGUUUUUCUUUGUGCGAUGCGUUUGAACGUCUUUGUCUCUAUCAUUUCGAGUUAUAUUUUUCAGAAGAUGAUGAUGAAUAUGAGAAGUCGAUGGGGUAAAUUAAUGAUUUAGAUUCAAUGUCGCAAUGGAAAUUUUCAAAGUUGUUUCCCUGGUUGCAAAAUUGAUGGUAGGACGAAAAUAAGGUUUCAUCAAUAUUGCUGCCAUUUGAAUUUUUUUUCCCGUUAUAAGAGUAUUAUAUUUUCACGGGAUUCGUUAUCACAUAGACUCAGUGUGGUCGACGAAUCCGUGCGAAUGCGCGUACUUGGCUGCUGCCGUUAAAUAUACCAAAAGUACUGUUAUCAAAAAAAAAAUAAAAUUAAAAAGACAAACGACAAAAUUAACUUAUAUGCAAUAUAAAUACGAACAAAGCGACAGACACACGCGUGCUCUGAAUGCCCGAUAAGACUGAUUGCCUAGCGUGUGCGAUUCUUGGCAAAUCUUACACAUGGCUAUUUUCUUCUCUUUUAUUCGUUCUCCUGUCUCUCGUUGUCUGCCUCAACAAAUAUAAUAUAUAUUUACUGAUGCGCACUUCAUAAAUGUUAUUGUUGCUGUUCACAUUUCGCGAGGCAUAUGUUGUUGUUCUUUGUCUUGACUAACUAACAGUAGGUUUAUCACUUGUUCAUGUGGUAAUGUUGGUGCCGUAUGUGUUUUUCAUUUUUUCGUUCGUCUUGACGCUCGUAUUUUUAGCUUAAAAUCAAAUUUCAAUAAAUUUGUAUUACAUAUUUGUAGUGGAUUUAGUUAGAAGUAUGCCGUUGAGCUGGGCGGAUCGGCGUUACUUUUUUUCGUUCGUUGUUGCCUUGAAUUGUUGGACAGUUUAAUUAGCUGGAAUUUACUUACUCCAGCUGUAGUUACAAUCAAUCAUUCAAACCACACUUGAAUGGAUCAAACAGUGUACAACAAGUGAUACAAAUUUGUUUGGUUGCUAAUUUAACCGAAAAAAAAAAACAGCAAACCACACUAUAAAAAUAAUUAAGAUAAAAUCUGCUCGGGACAAUCAAAUUAUAAAAAAUCAGUUCGCAAAGAUGUUAAUGCAAGAAAAACUGUAUGAUUUCAGUUCAGAUUAUCGGCCAUCAAGUGUUGGGGACUAUUCACCUGUUGUUGUGGCGGCUGCAGUGAAUUUGUGCCGGAAUACAUCGUCGCCGCGAAAACACUUGAACCCGUACGAAUGCGGCAAAUACAUGCCGCUCUACUAUUCUUCGAGGAUAUUCAGCGAAUAUAGCCAAUUAUUGGCUAAGCCAUCAUUGCUUACGUCCAGUAUACCGGUUCCGUAUUUAACGAUGCAAUUGCCUGUACGAUCACCAGCUCUGACAACACAAAAUCCACCCGUCGAGAGCUGUAUCAGUGCAUCAACAGAUUCAACAUCAACAGCAACCGUUAAAAGUGCAUUUGCAUCAUUGCCUGUGAAACGAACACUUGAUGGCUCUGUUAAAUCAACGGAAACGGUCCCGGUGUCGUGUGAACGAACACAGUCGGUGAUAAUGAAAGUCGAAGACCAACGCAUUGUUGAAAUCCCAACCAAUGAACUUAUUACACGUAAUGCGGGCGAAACUGACGAGGAAACAUAUAUUUGCAAAUGGAUCAAUUGUUACCGAAAAUUUGAAACACUCGAAAAUUUGGCUAGUCACGUAACAACCGCCCAUGCAAUUGCAUCGAAAACUGGUUUGUACUACUGUCGUUGGGAGAAAUGUGCUCGAUCAGAUCGAGGUUUCAAUGCUCGUUACAAGAUGCUUGUCCAUGUUCGUACGCACACGAAGGAGAAACCACACCAUUGCACGGAAUGUACGAAGAGUUUUUCACGUGCUGAAAAUUUGAAAAUUCAUCAGCGCUCACAUUCUGGAGAGAAACCAUAUGUGUGCCAGGUGGAAGGAUGUAAUAAAGCCUAUUCGAAUUCAUCAGAUCGAUUCAAACACACUCGUACCCAUUCAACCGAGAAACCAUAUUUUUGUAAAUUUCCAUCAUGUAGUAAACGCUACACUGACCCAUCUUCAUUGCGAAAACACGUAAAAACAUUUAAGCAUAUUGUACAAACGCUGAAAAUCAACGAUCCAAAAGAAUUUGGAACGCCAUCAACACAGGUGAAGGAACCGAUAUCGAUAUUCUGCCCGAAACCAGCGGAGGAACCAUGCCGUCAAUCGACUGAGUAUCGCGUUUCGCUCGGUCAUACAGAGCCAUCGCUAACGCUCUACCACCACCACAAAAAGAGCCAAAAAUCGUCAUCCUCAUCGUCUUCCGCUUUUGUGGAACCAACUGUAUUUUUAUCAAAUGACGGGCUUUCAAAUCAAUGUCUAUCUCCAAUGUAUAGCAAGCGGUACCAUGUCCCGCCAGUAACCAAUCUAUAUAAUUUGGACCAUUUGUUGUCGGGCAGUGCAAAUAUCGAUACAUCGAAAAUCGCAUUUCGUGCUGAUGAGCAUGAUGAGGAUGAUCACAUCACCGAUUUUUGGAUUGAAGACAAGUUCCGCGGCGUUGGUUUUGGCGACGAUUGCGAUGAUAUUGAAAUCGAAACUCCACUUGAUUUGAGUUUACGCAAAGUUGUUAGAUAGUAAAAAGUUUUUUUUAAAUAUUGUUUCAAGAUUCAUUCACUUGUUAAGUUUUGGACGCAUUUUUUAGCUUGUAUUCUAAAUAUAUUUUGAUCAAAUUUGAUGAGAGGCUAGAGAAUGCCAAAUUUAAAUAAUUUUAUGCGAAAAUGAGCUGAUUCACACUAUAUUUUAUACUGAUAAUUGCAAUGAAUGUUGCUCCCUCAAUGUUAAUUUUUUAUUAUACAUACACAAUAUUUAAAGACAGACGAAAAAAAAUAAAGAUAAAACGCUCUCGGCGCAA